UUCAUGGUUUGAUAACCUGACGGCAACACUCUGAUGAAUAGUCUCAUUCGAAAGAUGCCGCACAAGAAAAAGAGGAAAGACAGCACGGUUUCUCAGCUCAAGACAGGGGUGAAUUUUCCCAUGAGCACACUGUUGCAGCAACAGUCGCGUUCAGCGGAUUUCAGUAGUCCUGUCCGGUUUUUUGGUGUCAAAUUACAUGUCGUUGACACCGAGGAGACGUUUUCUGUGCCUGAAUGUCACCGUGAAUUGAGAAUAAGCAAUCUGAAGGCCCGGCUGGAGCUGUUGGUUGGAAUUCCUGUGAAUUUCCAGCGCCUCCAAUAUCUGGAUGAAGCGGAUCUCCCUGACAAUUCUACAUUUAAGGAGCAUGUAAUCAUCCCUGGGUCAACCAUCACUAUGCGAAUCUGGUCACAAGAUGCUUGGGGCCGACUCGCGAGGGCAGCUGUAAGAGGAGGUUCCCACAAGCUGCAUCAUUUAGGAGCUACAAAGACCUCCUUAUUUUGCACGGCAUUUACAGAACAGAUGAAACCCGAAGAAAGGACAGAGUGGUUAGCGCACCGAAGUUUUGUGGCGUUAUUUGUGGCUGUGCACCGAGGCCGCCUGGACAUUAUGGAAUUUCUGCUUCAAAAUGGUGCAGAUCCAAGAUACCAAACUCCACUGGGUAGAACAGCCCUUCAUGCCGCUGUUGUAACAGGGCAGCUUGACUGUAUAGAAGUUCUUCUUAACUAUGGCGCUCAAAUUACCGACGAGGACCAUGAUGGACUUAAUGCUCUGGUUUUGGCCCGCAUGUGGGGCCAGAAAGAGAGUGAGCGCAGGCUCUUCCGGUACCGGUGGCGUAUGCGAAUGGCUGGCACCCGUACUUCUCCCAAGCCCAAACCAGAAGCAAAAACAGAAACCUGACUGCAGGCCAAAGCUGAAAAAA